AUGUCAAACGAGGAUGAAACAACACGUUUCAUGUCUCCAGAUGAGAUGGACUAUUUAUUGGAAACGGCUGGGAUCAACGCCUUGGAAGAAAUGAUUACUCAAGGAGACAGUGGAGACAGUGCUGGAAUAAAUUUUGAUACUAACGAAACCGCUCGGGACAGUAGCUAUGACUCUAUUCGACAGGGCUCUCCCAGUAUUUUGAGUGUUGCCAAGAGCGUUGAGGGGGAGCACGGACGUAAAAAACUAUUUUGGCUGUAUGGCCUGGUUAUGAUUAUUUGUAUUGCGGAGUCUAUAUCUAUGACGGCUACAAUACCGCUGGUGAUGGACAAGGUAGCUGAAGGUAUUGCAGAUGAGGAUGGAUAUUACGAUCCCGUAGCCGUACAGACAAUAGUCUCCGGCAUUUCUUCUUCUACUAUGAUGAUAGCAGGAGCAAUCAGUAUUUUCAUGGCUGGCAAGUGGGGGGAAUUAUCCGAUAGAAUAGGAAGAGUGUGUGUUUUCAAAUACAUGAGUGGCAUCAGGGUCAUCGGGCUUCUUACGCACCUUUUUACCCUAUCAUCGAAAAUGAAGUACCACAAAUGGGCUAUUGUUCUUACUGCGUGUAUAGUCCCAUCAUUCGGCGGAUUAUUUGCGCUUGUAGCGAAUGGAAAUAGUUAUGUCUCAGAUAUAGUGAAAACUGAACACAGAAUGGUGACAAUAGGGAUAAUGAUGAGUUGUAUAUAUGCUACUAUGGGUGUAGGUCCAAUGUUUGGAUCAUUUUUGGUCAAGUGGACCCACGGUAACGGGUUUAUUCCUAUCUACACGUCUAUAGUGUUUGUCAUAUUGGCGUUCAUAAUAUGUGAAACGAUCAUGGUGGAACCGCGCCAUGAAACACAAAUGGCUCACUCACAAUCAAGUUAUACAAAGAGGAGAGAGAAACUAAGAUCACAAUCGGGUUCCGACGGUGCAAAAAACUACCAAUCCGUUACUUAUGGAAAAUUCCAAAUAAUGAGGUUAAUGGACCUGCUCGCUCCAGUAAAGAAACUAUGGCUGAAACCCGACAGUGCAGGGUCUUUAGUGCCACGGCAUACCGUAAUAGUACUCGUUGUACUUGAUAUACUAUUCGUCUGCGGGACUACAUCAUGCAUGCCAGCAUUAGUUUUAUUCUCUACAUACGAGUACAAAUGGCAUGCGGUGGAACUAGGCUAUUUCAUAUCGAUACUGGGUAUCGGAAGAGGCGUCGUGUUACUGGUCGUGUCGCCUGUAUUACUAUACGCGUUGAAGCGGAUCUAUCAACAUUUGAAUCAUUCGAUAGAUAAGAUAGAUAUCUUUUGCAUACGCUUUUCUAUGAUUGUCAUAACACUGAGCCUCUUUGUCAUGAUACGAUUUGGUGAGAAAAGUUCCACGUCCAUGGUGAUAUUCGCCCUAUUACAAGCGUUGAGCGCCUUUUGUUCACCAACUUUGCAGUCUGGCAUCAUUAAAUACACUUCUAAAAAACAUACAGGCGAGAUGUUCGGAGCAAUGGCUUUGGUGAGAUCCUGCGUUAUGCUUGUCAUUCCACCCGUUCUCCUUAAGCUGUACGGAAGUACCGUCUCCGUUAAUCCCAGUCUGUUUAUGUAUAUACCGUUCUCGACGAGUAUUGCUGCCAUCUUGUUGACAUUUUUCCUAAGGAUUUACAAGAACCCUCCACUGGAUGGUCCUUAA